GGGGGAGAAACGCAUCACUACUGCAGUUGGCGCCAUUUGCUGAUGCGGGAAAACACGGGCACACUCUCGACGGUGGAAGUUUUCUGUGAUUUGUUCCAUUGAAGAAACUAUAUUAUGUGUUGGUGAUCUGAGCUCGGUGGCGGUGCGACUCAGCUGCACCAGGAGAUCGAUUAAAUUCUCAGUUUCCUGCAUACAGGAGCCCUAAGCAAUGGAGGACCGAAGGCUGUUGGAGAGAGAGAGGCAUCAGAUUGAGCAGAUUCUUCAGCUUGAUAAUGAGGAGUUGCAAGUUGAGGAAGUUGACUCCCUCCCCCACUCCGACGAUGAUCGCGAUGCUAUUAAUGGGCAUGGUGGUACUGAGGCCUUUGCUGAAUUUACUUUCAAUUCCUCUUUGACAUCUUUGCAUACGUAUCUUGGUGAGGUUGAGGAUUCUCAUCACAGGAUGGCUUUCUUGGAUGGUGGUGCCAUCCUGAACCUCCCUGUGAUUUUUUAUGUCUCAGGUGUUGUAUUGUUCCCAGAAGCUACUCUACCUCUCAGGGUGAUACAAUCAAAUUUUAUUGCUGCCAUUGAGAGAGUAUUAACUCACUUUAACACCCCUAAUACCAUAGGUGUGGUUCACGUCUCCUUGGAUUCUGAUAAUGAGAGACUACAUUUUGCGAAUAUUGGGACAACUGCAGAGAUUUGGCAGUUUCGGAGGUUGGAGGAUGGUUCUCUUAAUGUUCUGGCUAGAGGGAAGCAACGAUUUCGUCUUAGACGCCGUUGGAUUGAUGUUGAAGGAGUGCCAUGUGGAGAAGUUCAAAUUAUCCAGGAAGAUUUGCCAUUAAGGACUCCACGGGAUGCUUUUGGAGAAUUGACUCCAAGGAGUACUGUUCAGCACCACAGUCUCUCAUGUGCAUUGGCUUCAUAUACUUCUUGCUCUAGAUCAUUUACGUCCGGGGAUGAGGAAGAUAAUUCGGCCUCUAUUUCAGAAGAAAGCUUUGCACGUGAGCUUUCAUUGAGAGAGAGGAAAAUCCACCAAGCAGCAAUUGAUUCCAGAGAGUCUUGUAGUGAUGAGGUGAUAACUGGGUCAGAGGCAAAACACCAACGUGCGAUGUCACAUCUAAAUGACUCUGAUUCUGUAGGAUCAGUGCAUUCUGCCCAUGAGAAGGAAAAUGGAAAAUCUGUCCCUGAUAUAGGAAAGAGUUCUACAUCAGCUUGGGAAUCUAGUGAGAGGAAAGAACUCAAAAGAUGCCGAAGAAACUCAAGUUUUACUCUGAUGCAUGGGGUUUCGAAAGCAUUUUGGCCAUAUUGGGUUUACUCGAUGUAUGAUUCAUAUUGUCUUGCUGAAAAAGCAGCAGCUAUGUGGAAGCAGAUAGUGGGGGUGCCAAACAUGGAUGGUUUUGUGAAGAAUCCAGACAUCUUAGUGUUCUAUAUUGCUAGUAAGAUUCCUGUUUCUGAAUCUACUAGACAGGAGCUCUUGGAGAUUGAUGGCAUUUCAUAUAGAUUGCGUCGGGAAAUUGAGUUACUGAAGUCUAUUGAUAUCAUCCAAUGUAAAAGCUGCAAGACGGUUAUAGCCCAGCGCAGCGAUAUGUUGGUGAUGUCUAGUGACGGUCCUCUCAGUGCUUAUGUGAACCCUCAUGGCUAUGUGCAUGAAAUAAUGACUCUUUACAGAGCAAAUGGCUUAGCACUUAGAGGACGAGCUGAGACAGAAUACAGUUGGUUCCCUGGGUACGCAUGGACAAUCUCAAUCUGUGCCACUUGUGAAACUCAAUUAGGAUGGCUUUUUACUGCCACAAAUAGGAAUCUGAAACCCAGAUCAUUUUGGGGAAUACGAAGUUCCCAGUUAGCCGAUCCCACAUGCUAAUACGGUCAACUUCGGUUAGCUUUUUCUAAACUUCUUGCAAGUGUAUAGAGAAUAUUCAUGUUUGUAUUUGAAAGCUUUCCUUCUUUAGAUGAGUGCUUCUGUUGCAACAGCUUCUAAGAGUUCACGUUAGAGCAACUGCCCUGCCUCAAAUCUAGAUAGACUAUAUAUUCAUAUGCGACAUGUAAUUAACUGUUUGUUGUAGAUAAUUAACUGUUUGUUGUAACUAUAUCUAUUCAAGAUAGGAGGAGAAAUUGCUGGGUCGACCAUAUUUUAGUGUUUUCUUGUGUUUUGAACAUACGAGUGCAAUUAUAAUCAUCAUUAGUCGGUUAAAUGGCA